GCCUCGGGAAGGAGAGUGGUUUUCAUGGGUGAUGACACUUGGGAAGGACUCUUCCCGAAUAAGUUUUUCUGCUCGUAUUUCUUCCCUUCUUUUAACGUAUAGGAUCUUCACACUGUGGACAAUGGGAUCCUGCAGCAUCUCUAUGCAACUGUGGACAGUGGUGAAUGGGACGUGCUGAUUGCUCACUACCUGAGCAUGGACCACUGUGGGCACAAACAUGGACCUGAUCAUCCUGAAAUGUCUAAGAAGCUCACCCAGAUGAAUGAGAUGCUCAGGUCCUUGGUGGAUCACCUGGGGAAUGACACCCUUCUUCUGGUGGCUGGGGACCAUGGCAUGACAGAGACUGGAGACCAUGGCAGCAACAGUGAGAAGGAAAUGAAUGCAGUGCUGUUUGUGUACAGCAAAACACCCCUAUUUGGCACUGGCCCUCCUGAGGAGCCUGAGGCCAUUCCCCAGGUGAACCUGGUGCCCACUGUGGCCCUGCUGCUGGGUGUGCCCACUCCCUACAGUAACAUCGCGGAGGUGAUGGCUGAGCUUUUCUCUGGGGAUGGCGACACUGUGUCUGCAGCCUUGCAGCAGCUCUCGGUCUAUCACAUCAACACCAAGCAGGUGGACCGCUUCCUGCACUCCUACUCGCUGGUGGCUCAUGACCCACCAGCAGAGCAGCUCCAGCACCUGCAGGAGCUCUUCUCCAGUGCCGUGGAGGAGCACACUCAGCUCUUGGCUCAGGUGCAAGGGGCGACACUGGUGCCUCUGGAGCUGGAGUUCAGCCUGGGAAGCUUCAUUGGUCGCUUCUGGCUCUACCUGCAGGAGGCACAGGCUGUGUGCACCCAGCCCUGUGCCCACUUCCAUCCCCUGCGUAUGGUGGGGGGCUGCACCCUCAUUGCCACUUCCUGCUUGCUCUGCUACAUGGCCUCAGAGCUGGCCGCAGCCUCUCAGUGUCGGGAAAAUCAGUCUGCUGGGACUGAGGGUAGCAGCCUGUUCCUAUUUGAGUUGCUGGGCUUUGUGAUGAGCAGCAUGUGCCUCCUGCUGGGGAUCUCCCUGGUGAUGCGUGUGGACUCUGCCAUCAGCACCUUGUUCGGCCAGCUUCAGCUCAGGUUGCAGAAAAGGAUAACUGGAUUCACCACUCUUGUUAAACGACCGCCCAAAGAACAUCAGUUAGAUGGACCACUGUCGACCCUGCAGGACUCUGUCAAUCCUACCUUGGAGAUUGAAACCGGGACCGGUGACCCAGCUGCAGCCUCCUACCUGGUACAGGCCCUGUGGAAACUGAACCGAAAGCAGGAGGCAGCUGCUCACUGGCAGAAGUUCUCCCAGAGCCCAGCUGGGGAGGAUGGGCAGCAGGAAGGGCAGGGAAGAGUGAACCUUUGCAGUUAUGGCCUUGACGCUGCCCAGAGCUGCUGUGAGCCUGUGGGCUAUGCCUUGGGUUCAUGGGAGAUCAAGGGCAGAGAUAUCCUCGGUCCUUUGAAGUUGGCAUCAGCUGUGCUGCUGUACACAGCUGGGCCAGCUCUGUGCUCCCUGCGCUUUGUAUACUGGUGCUUUACUCAGUCACCGUAG